AUGCAGCAAGAAGCCCGGAAUACCGAAACCCAUCAGCGAUCAUGGGCAGACAGCAACCUUCGUCACAAAGCCGUUCACUUCGUGAGCGCGGGAAGUCUGGAACCGACAUUGGAAGCAGAUGAGGAUCAAACAAAGUUGGACACGGAUGGGGAGGAACCAAAGACCGACCAUUUACCGGACAAAAAGCCCGAUAUCGAGUUUCCAUUCUUCUUCGACUCCAAGGGACAAGGAAUCGUCCAUACCGAACAUCCAGACCCAGUAUUGCCGUCGAAAGUAUCGGAUACAGACGACUCGAGUGAGGAUGAGGUUGUGUUUACCGGCAGGAGGAAUACAAAACCUGUUCUCAUCGAAACGCAUCAGAACGAGAUUCAAGAAAUCGUGCAGACGACUACUGUUGCAUAUCUGCAGAAAUUACCAACUCCACCGUUGGACUCUACGCCCAGGGACCCUUCGCCUGCUGCUACCCCCACAGGCCACCGUGAAUUCAACACAGAAAAACCAAACUGGCCACCAGAAGAAGAGAUCGACCCACUAGCCGACUAUAUUGCCAACAUCGACAAUGACUACCACGAGGAAGUGACAUCCGGUGCAAAGAUUGAUAUAGAAGGUGACAUUGACGUCGAAAAAGUCGCAACGCAACUAGAUCUGUCGGCUUCAAGCCCCACAGGCUUCAAAAUCGAAUCACUAGGAUCACUAGCUCAAAUGCAAAUUGACACCGAACAUGACUCAGUUUCAACAUCAAGCGAAGAUGACGAGCGCGACAUAGUCAUAUCUGGAUCAGAUGACGACAACUUUGAAGAUUUCGUGCUGCUCGAGGACCUGGCGAACGGAUAUUCUGGGUCACUCAAGAAGAAAUCCCGUCAUGGAAAGCCUUCAUUUCCAUCGGCAUCGGCACUUGCGGAUGCUCUUGAGUCUGAUCCAUAUUUCGGGUUUGACAUAAUGGACUUUGACCGGCCAAGUCUACGAAAGAAACCCAAGGGCAAGCAGUUCAUCCCUGACCCAGUACUAUCCGACAGUGAAUUCGAGAUCGAGCUACAGGAGGCCUGGCAGAACGACCGAACCAAAAAGAGGCUGCGGAAGAUGGAACGAGAAGAGCUCCGAGCGCAAGGACUCCUGGGAAAAAAGGCAGGGAACCCAGACCUCAAGGUCAAGUACCCCAAGGAAAUGAACAUGGAGGAAUUUAUGACCGAGCUUCGCUUAUUCCUUAUGUCCGCUAAAAAUAGCCUGUCCUUGCCGCCCAUGACCAAGCAGCGCAGAAAGCUGAUACAUGAGUUGGCCAAUGCACUGAAUCUGAAAUCACAGUCACGCGGCAAUGGGCUUUCUCGCUUCCCGGUCCUUAAUAAGACUGCGCGCACUCCGCGAUACACACCCAAGACUAUAUCUAAUGUUGACGAGCUCCUAUCCGGGAGGAAGUUCAAUCGUCGGUUGUUCAAAUCAUGGGGCACGGAAGUGCAGAAAUUCUCCCAACCCAAGCGUGGGAAGUCCGGUGCUGCUUCAUACAUGGAUGGCGAUGUGGUUGGCGCCUCUGCUCCGGAAAUCGGUGCUGAAAACCGAGGGCGGGCUAUGCUGGAGAAGAUGGGAUGGAGUACAGGUACUGCUCUGGGUGCCGCCGACAACAAGGGAAUCUUGCAGCCUGUCGCGCAGGUCGUGAAGAACUCGCGGGCUGGGUUAGGUUAG